GCUCGCGAUCCGGGCUCGGCGUGGGUUUGGUCUGAAGCUGCAGUUUUGUGCAGCUCCUGGUUCUUGUGCAGACGUGUUAUUCGAUGGACAGGUGAUGCAUUGUAAUAGGCUUCUCUGCAGCUCAGCUUUCGGCAACACAGCAACACCUCGCGUCUGAGACGACAAGCCUCCACAUGGCAAUUUCCAGCGACUGACAAAAGUCUCAGAUCUUGGGAAGUGUUGAGUUAGUUUCUCUAUUUGCUGGUUUACAACAAACAGUAACAACUAAAAAAAAGAAUCAGAAAUGCCAGCGACAACUCUUCUGCCUUUUACUACUCCUGGUACUAGUCGGAAGUCAGUGAACAACAGCUCGACAUUAAUCAAUCGGCCCGCUUUUCGACUGACUGAGAAAUUCCUGCUGCUCUUAGUUUUCAGUGGCUUCAUCACUCUGUGUUUCGGUGCUAUCUUCUUUUUACCCGACUCCUCUAAACUGCUUAGCGGGGUGUUCUUCCACACCCAGCCGGCUUCGGUUUCAGGAAGCGGACCGAAACUGGAUGGCAGAGAGUUCGAAGCUGACAAGUUAAACCGGAUUCGGGAGGACCACGAGAAGGCGCUUCGGGAAGCAAAGGACACCCUCCAGAAACUGCCCGAAGAAAUUAAACGGGACAUCAAAGAGCAGAAAGAAAAAGUUGCGCAGGGUUCCGAGAAUAAGGGGGUCAAAAAUCCGCGAUUGCCUAAUGUUGUCUUCCGUAAACCUGUGGGUGCAACAGGGCAUGAACCUAGAGACGCUGAAACACGAGAGAGACAAGCGAAGAUAAAAGAGAUGAUGAAACAUGCUUGGGAAAACUAUAAACGUCACGCAUGGGGAUCAAAUGAAUUAAAGCCUUUAUCUAAACAACACCAUUCGAGUAGUCUAUUUGGUACUAUUCGAGGAGCGACAAUAGUGGACGCCUUAGACACAUUGUACAUUAUGGGAAUGCAUGACGAAUUCAAAGAAGCAAAGGAAUGGGUUGAAAAGAAUCUUGACUUCAAUGUGCAUGCGGAGGUUUCAGUUUUUGAAGUGAAUAUUCGGUUUGUUGGGGGGCUCCUCUCUGCAUACUACCUUUCUGGUGAAGAGGUUUUCAGAACCAAAGCAGUGGAACUGGGGGAGAAGCUUCUGCCAGCCUUUAACACACCGACUGGAAUCCCUUGGGCCUUGUUGAACAUGAAAAGUGGAAUUGGUCGAAACUGGCCUUGGGCCUCGGGAGGUAGCAGUAUCUUGGCUGAAUUUGGCACCUUGCAUCUCGAGUUCAUGCAUUUAAGUCAACUAUCUGGAAAUCCAGUGUUUGCAGAAAAGAUGAUGAACAUUCGCAAAGUUUUGAAUCGUUUGGAUAAACCACAAGGACUGUAUCCAAAUUACUUGAACCCCAACAGUGGUCAAUGGGGUCAACAUCACGUAUCUGUCGGAGGGCUUGGAGACAGCUUUUAUGAAUAUUUGCUCAAGGCAUGGUUGAUGUCAGACAAGACUGAUGAAGAAGCCCGGAAAAUGUAUUAUGAUGCAGUUCAGGCAAUUGAGACCCAUUUGAUUCGAAAAUCCAACGGAGGCCUUAAAUAUAUUGCUGAAUGGAAAGGUGGAUUACUGGAGCACAAGAUGGGCCAUCUGACAUGUUUUGCAGGAGGAAUGUUUGCACUAGGUGCAGAUGGUGCACCUGAAGAAAGUAGCAGCCACCAUAUGGAACUGGCUGCUGAGAUUGCACAGACUUGCCAUGAGUCUUAUGUCCGUUCAGCCACAAAAUUAGGUCCUGAAGCAUUCAGGUUUGAUGGAGGUGUUGAAGCUAUUGCAACAAGGCAAAAUGAGAAAUAUUACAUCCUGCGCCCUGAAGUCAUUGAGACACACAUGUACAUGUGGAGGCUAACCCACGAUCCUAAGUACAGGCAGUGGGGUUGGGAAGCUGUACAGGCAUUGGAGAAGACUUGUAGAGUAGCUUCUGGAUAUUCUGGGAUUCGAGACGUUUAUUCUAACCAACCAAUCCAUGAUGACGUGCAGCAGAGUUUCUUUCUCGCAGAAACUCUAAAGUAUCUUUAUUUGAUGUUCUCUGAUGAUGAUCUCCUUCCACUGGAACACUGGAUCUUCAAUAGUGAAGCUCAUCCAUUGCCAAUUAUUCGCAAAGAUAGCCAAGCUAUCGACAAUAAAAUAGACUAGCGCAAAUAUUUUGGACCAUGGAAUAGUAUCAAUUUAAUUAUUCAUUAUUUUAAUCCAAAUGUGCAUACCAUAGAAGAAAGCAAAAUAAAUUGUAAUAUGCAACAUGCAUGCUGCCAUAAAAUUGAUAUGAGGCUGCAGGAAAUGGACUGCAACGAUCUUAACCACCUCUGUGAGGAGAUGUUUGCUUUGAGCUGCGAUUUUUGCCAUGUUGCAAAAAAGCCAUAAUUGAAUAUCCAGAGAUUUAUUUACAAGAAUUUUCUUUUCCUUUUGUUUGUUGUUAAGCCACACUAUAUAAUAUAUAUAUAAAGAGACUUUCUAUGUGAAGUUUCUUUUCUAAUGAAUGCUUUGAUUUGAGAACUUAGCAUUACUGCUAUAGUACUUUUUUUCCUAUUUUAUAUAGCGCUGAUGAAUAUCAAUGCGCUAGAUAGAUAGAACAUUAUCUUUUUUAUUUGUAACAAUUUCUUUGAGAUCUGGAGAUAAGGAAAUCAAAUAUGCUGUAAGAAGUUAUAGUAAUGUAUUAUUGAAGUUCCAAAUUUAAGGUGUGAAAUAGACCCAAAAGACAAAUAUUGCACUUGACAUAGCUCUUCUAAAAUGAGUCAGGUAUUCAAUAUGUGAAUCAAUUUCACCUCUUCUGUAUUUUAUGAUUUAUUUUCUACACUUGAUAUUUUUGUGUAUUUCUCCUGCAAAUUAAAACAUUCCCUUUAUACAUAGGUCUCUAAUGUUGUAAAUUGUUUGUGUCUACUUCAACAAAAAUAAAACAAUAUUUUUAUGUACGUUUUCUAAAAUGAUGAAUAUAAAAUGUGUGUGGAUAGAUGCAUUAUUGAAAGAAUUGGUAUUUUAAUUAUUGUACAAUUUUCAGCCAUUGUGGGCAGAAUGUUUAAAAUGUUUACUUUUUUUUCUUCUGACAUUUGCUGUGCAGAUAAAAUCCCACCAAUGAAAAUAUGGCUGGUUGACAGGGAUUCAGGAUCAUUAAUCAUCUUGAGUCUGACGCAAAACACAGUUGAAAUUCUUUGGCAGUUGCUGUUGGCAUUCUGCGUGUGAUUUGGGAAUGUCUGACAUUGGUUUAUACAUAAUCUGUGAUCACAAUUCUCAAAGAUGGUUUGUACAUUCCUUACUGGACACAUUCUAUAAAAAAUAAAAUUGAAAAACCA